AACUGCGAUAAUUUGCUUUGGUUGGUGGUACAAGCUAUCUUCAGUUCUGUUUCUGGUAUUUAUUGAGGAAACUCAAGUUGAAAAAAGCGAAACAAUUACCUGUUUCCUUCGUCGAAAAAUUAAAGCUUUGUUUGGUUCGUUGUGAUUGUUAUUUUCGCCCGCGUAGAAGUAUCCAGUCAGCAUUCAAAUAUGUCGGACAGCGAAGAUAGUAAUUUUUCUGAUAGGAAAGAAGCUCUUAGUGAUGCAGAAAGUUCGGAAAACGACUCCGGCGACCGUAAUCACAAAGCAGUAAGCAAAAAACUUGCAAAAAAAGACAAAUCAAAGAAAAAGAAGAAAAGGGAUAAGGGUAAUAAGAAAAGUAAACGGCAUAAAGGUAGUGAUUCUGAAGAAGAGGAAGAAGAUGAUGAAGAAAUUGAAGAGGAAGAAGAUGAGGAAGACGAGGAAGAAGUUAAAGGAGGAAGAAAGCGAAAGAAAAGUGAUCGGUUUGGGGGUUUCAUCUUAGAAGAAGCAGAAGUUGAUGAUGAGGUUGAAGAUGAGGAAGAAUGGGAAGAUGGAGCCGAGAACUAUGGGGUAGUAGGAAACGAAGUUAAUGAAAUGGGGCCUACAGCCAGAGAAAUUGAUGGCAGUCGCAGGCGGCAACAAAUGUGGGAUAGUUCCAAAGAAGAAGAAGUAGAAGAAUAUUUUCGGAAAAAGUACGCUGAUGAAGCUACAGUAACCAGUCACUUCGGAGAUGGAGGUGAAGACAUGACUGAUGAAAUAACUCAGCAAACUCUUCUACCAGGAGUCAAAGAUCCAAAUCUCUGGAUGGUCAAGUGCCGAUUAGGAGAGGAAAAACAAACGGUUUUCCAACUGAUGCGAAAAUUCAUCGCGUACCAGUUCACUGAAGAACCUUUGCAGAUUAAAUCGAUCGUGGCUCCUGAAGGAGUCAAGGGAUAUAUCUAUGUUGAAGCUUUCAAACAAACCCAUGUGAAGCAGGCUAUUGAUGGCAUUGGUAGCCUUCGGAUGGGUCUCUAUGCCCAGCAAAUGGUCCCAAUCAAGGAAAUGACGGAUGUUUUACGAGUUGUUAAAGAACAGAGUGUAAUGAAACCUAAAUCCUGGGUUCGCCUGAAACGAGGAAUUUUCAAAGAUGAUAUAGCUCAAGUGGAUUAUGUAGACGUAGCACAAAACCAAGUGCACCUGAAGUUGAUUCCACGCAUUGAUUACAGCAGACCUCGUGGGGCACUGCGCACAGCCCAGUCUGAUGCAGAGGCAAAAAAGAAAAGAAAAAUUCGUCCACCUCUAAAACUUUUUGACCUGGAAGCUAUUAGGGCAGUUGGCGGCGAGGUAACGAGUGAUGGUGAUUUUCUCAUUUUUGAAGGGAACCGAUACUCCCGUAAAGGUUUUCUUUACAAAAAUUUCUCAACCACCGCCAUCCUCGCCGAUGGUGUUAAACCUACUUUGAUCGAACUCGAGCGCUUUGAGGAGGCCGUUGAAGGAGUUGAUCUAGCAGUUCGUAUUGUGUCAGGAAAAGAGGAAGCAACACAUAAUUUUGCCACGGGAGAUGCAGUCGAAGUAUGCGAGGGUGAACUUAUUCAUCUCCGUGGUAAAAUCGUGGCUAUCGAUGGCAACAAAAUCACAGUGAUGCCAAAGCAUGAAGAUCUCAAGGACCCUUUGGAGUUUCAGGCUCAUGAAUUGAAGAAGUAUUUUUCAAUGGGUGACCAUGUCCGAGUGAUCGCUGGUCGCUACGAGAAUGAUACUGGGCUAAUCGUUCGUGUCGAAGAUAAUAUGGUUGUUCUUUUUUCCGAUCUUACCAUGCAUGAACUGAAAGUUCUACCAAGAGAUCUUCAGUUGUGCUCUGAUAUGGCAACAGGCGUUGAUUCAAUGGGUCAGUACCAAUGGGGAGAUCUGGUUCAACUGGACGCCCAAUCAGUUGGUGUCAUUGUUCGAUUAGAAAGGGAGAAUUUCCAAGUACUCAACAUGCAUGGAAAAGUCGUAGCAGUUCGACCACAAGCAUUACAGCGCCGCAAGGAGAAUCGCCAAGCCGUAGCUCUGGAUUCCGAACAAAAUACGAUACAACGAAAGGAUAUCGUUAAGGUUAUCGAUGGUCCCCAUUCCGGCCGUCAGGGAGAAAUACGCCACCUUUACCGUAACUUUGCAUUCCUCCACUCCCGGAUGAUGCUAGAAAAUGGUGGAAUUUUCGUCUGUAAAACUCGUCACCUUGUAUUGGCUGGUGGUAGUAAAGGAGCUUCGAGUUCACCAGCAAUAUCCGGUAUGGGCUACAUGUCGCCCAGGAUUUCGUCACCCAUGCACCCAAGUGGUGGAGGUGGAAGAGGUGGUGGACGCGGCGGGGGUGGUGGUGGUGGUGGUGGUCGAGGAGGCGGUGGCGGACGUGGAGGCGGUGGCGGAUUUGGAAGAGGUGGCGGAAGAAUUGGGCGGGAUCGAGAUUUAAUUGGCAAAACCAUUAAAGUAACGCAAGGGCCAUACAAAGGUCAUAUAGGCAUUGUCAAGGAUGCUACAGAUUCAACGGCCCGUGUUGAAUUACAUUCUAAAUGCCAAACAGUAUCAGUCGAUCGAACUCGAAUUGCAGUUGUGGGAGGACCUUCCAAAUCUGGUGCUGUGUCUACCUAUAGCCAAACUCCUGCGUCGCAAGGUGAAGGUCGUGACACCCCUAUGUAUGCUUCUGGCUCCCGCACGCCGAUGUAUGGUUCACAAACUCCGCUAUACGAUGGCUCACGUACUCCUCAUUAUGGCGGCAUGACACCAUCUCAUGAUGGAUCCCGCACACCUGGGCAAUCCGGAGCUUGGGAUCCAACUGUUACCAACACUCCUGCUCGGUCCACCGAUUAUGGAGACUUGGAUAACUGGGAUGAUCAAUCUCCAUCUCCUGCAUACAACCCUGCAACUCCUGGAUCAGCCUACCAUGUGGACACUCCACAAGGACCCUAUACCCCACACACACCAGGCACAUCGUACGGUUCAGAUCAUACGUAUUCUCCCUACCAACCCAGUCCAAGUCCAGCACCGUAUCAAGCAUCUCCAAGCCCAUCAGGUUAUGCUCCUACCCCUAGCCCCAGUACAGGCUUGCCAUUCCAUCCAUCGCCUGGGAUGGCUUCAAGUUAUACAUCACCAUCUCCAAUGAGCUAUAGUCCCAUGACGCCUGGUGUAGCACCGUCACCGCUUAAUCCUCAAACACCAGGAGCGGGAAUGGAUUCUUUAUCCUCCCAGGAUUGGUAUACCACCGAUAUAGAGGUGCGUUUUAAGGAUUCCAAUAAUGAUAAAGGACUUUCAGGACAGAGCGGCGUGAUUCGAGGUAUAUCUGGAGGAAUGUGUUCUCUUUUUCUACCGGCUGAAGAUCGCGUUGUAACAGUUGCUGGCGAGCUAUUAGAGCCAAUCGUGCCAGUCCGGAAAGAUCGAGUCAAGAUUAUUCUCGGAGAAGAGCGCGAAAGCACAGGUCAGUUGUUAUCCAUCGACCAUCAAGAGGGGGUUGUUAAACUGGAUUCAGGCGAUGUGAGAAUGUUCCAGUUGCGGUUCCUUUGUAAGAUGAAGGUUCGCUAAAGGGUUCUAGCUCCGUGCACCGUCGGGCUUCAUUUGAAAGAGAAAAUAUUUCACCUUCAUUGGGCUAAAAACACUGUAGUUUUGAUGAGUUAUGCUGACGAGGAAACUUCAGAGUGAAACGCCAAUCGUUUUCAUGUCACUGCUUGAAAUAGUACGGAUGAAUACAUGAAGUUUUCGAAUACGGA